AUGGCGAAGGACCUCACGUCGGGUAGCGUGCGCUUGCUGCGGGAGUUCAGGAUCAAUGAUUUCAGCCUGGUGUCCUCGACCAUAGGCGACACGGAGUGCAUCAAAUCCAGGUGGGACUUCGAUGGAUACGAGUGGGAGAUCCAUUGCUAUCCACGUUGGUACGGCAAUAGUUUUGUUGAGUUCAGGCUUAUGUUCCUCAGUGAAGCCCCCACACGCGCUGUGAAGGCCGACCUAAGCUGUCUCCUGUUGCACCCGGAGACGGCGUACCAAAUGUGUGUAUCACGCGAUGCUGAAAUGAGGGUGUCACAUGUUUUCAAGUGCCACAAAGACUGCUCCGGCGGAGUCCUGCUCGUCAAAAGGUCACUUCUACGGCCGCCGACUUGUCCCAUGGACGAUUACUUGGCUGUGCAGUGCAGCAUCACAGUUAUGAAGGAACAGAUGGAUGUGGAAACCAUGGUGCCCGUGCCGGCCUCCAACCUGCACAAGCACCUUGGUGAUCUCCUCAAGAGCAAGAAGGGAGCGGAUGUCACAUUCCUUGUCUCCGGCGAGUCCUUCCUUGCUCACAAGAACAUACUUGCUGCAAGGUCCCCUGUUCUCAUGGCCGAGUUCUUCGGCCACAUGAGGGAGACGAGCGCUCAACGCAUUGUGAUUGAGGACAUGGAGGCUUCAGCCUUCAAAGCCAUGCUGCACUUCAUAUACACGGACACGAUGCCUGAACUUGCUCAGGAACUGGAGGCUGAGGCCACGGCAACGAUGGCUCAGCAUCUUCUUGUGGCUGCUGACAGGUAUGGGCUGGAUAGGCUCAAAGUGAUUUGCGAGGGCAAGCUCUCCGGUGGCAUCACGGUCGACACAGCGGCGCCGACUUUGGCUUUGGCUGAGCAGCACAACUGCACACACCUCAAGGCCAAGUGUGUCGAGUUCAUCAUCAGCACUCCUGCGAUCCUCAAUGCCGUGGUGGCGACAGAGGGGUAUAAGCAUCUGGAGGCAAGCUGCCCUUCGGUGCUUACUAGUAUUGUCCUCUCUCUGCGUGGGAGAAGCCACUGA